CUGUGUGUACAAAUGAGGGAUGCGCUCGGGCCCCCGGAGGAGCUCGUAUCCAUUCUAUGUCGAGAGGUUGCUAAUGGCAGAUUCAGCGGAUGCGAGUACUGCAUCUUCUUUGACAUUAGGAGAGGAUUGCUCCAAUGGGAAUGGCCGCAUCGAGCCAUACAAUCAGUCUGAAGCAUCAGUUAACCAAGGGGAUGAUGCUCUCCACGCAAUCAGUGGUAGCUCGGUGGUGUCCUCUCUGUCGCUGCAGGUUGAUGGUGUAGAGGAUGAAGGAGAUGGAGAUGGUGUACAAGAACUGCACGCUGCAGAUGAGGAGCAAGCCUGCGGUGAUGCAGAGGAGGGGUACGGAGAGCACGACCCUGAUGCCAAUAACUCAGAUGAAGUUUAUGUAGAUGCAAGUGAUGAGUAUUUAAGCAAUGAUGAUUAUGUAGAAGAAAGCACCCCCGCAGUGCGAAGCGUGCUAGGCUGGACUAGUUAUCUGUAUUGUGUGUUGUGGUGUGCCCAUGCUGCUUAGGUAAUGAUGCCAUUGCCUUGAUAGUCAGUCUGUUCAAUUAGAAAAAAUGGUAGAAUGUGUCCAUUUCACCUUUAAGCUGGGUGGUGUUAAGAUCAGUUGUAAUCUUCUAGUUCGGCAGGUUUCUAUGUUGGGGUCUUCAAUUUAAUAAUGUAUGUUCGGGGUGAGUGAGGUAUUGUUAAUUAUGUGAUUGGGGAUCAUCUCUUG